AUGGCGGUUCCAGAUCUUUCAGUUAAUGGAAACGAUAGUUCACCUCAAACUCGUCAAGUUGCGUCUAAUAAAGUUGCUUCUCGAACAAAACAACGAAAUGGUUCUACACAACAACCUACUCAAGAUGAGGGCUAUUACCUUAAAAUGACCAUUACAGCAUUAGAUAAAAGCCGUCGCGAUCCACUUUUUAAGUUUAAAGUCUUUUCGAAUUUGCCUAGGUUCAGACACUCCUCAUAUCACCAAGUGGAACGUUCAUACGUUGAAUUCGAACGAUUGUAUAAUUCUUUAACUUAUUCUAAUCCAGAAUGCAUAGUUCCCGCUUUACCUUUCGCGACGACCAGUCAUCAAACAAUUGAGGAAGAAGAACGUAGGAUUAAACAUACGAUGCAAUUAUGGUUGAAUCGCAUAUCAAUGAAUCCUGUUUUAUGUCACGAUGAAGAAUUAAGAUCUUUUAUAGAAACGGAUUUUGCUUUUGUUCCAACCACCAGACCACGCAAAAGAACUGGUAAUUUUAGAUUAAAAUUUUCUUCAGAUGCAAAGGAUGAUGAUUUAAAAUUAGUUCAGGCCAAAUCACUUGCAUAUUCGCUUGAAGGUCAUUUUCUAGACAUAGCUAAAAUUACUCAAAAGUUGGGAAAGUCUCGAAAAGCUCUGUCUCAUUACAAUUCAGAAUUUGGAGGCAAAGCCCUUGCCAUGGGUACAGUCGAAAGGCAUCCUCCGUUAUCAAAUGGACUUCGCAAAUUAGGAAAGACACUUCAAAUAAUCAGUGAAUUACAACAAGCACAAGCUACAGUUGAAAUUGCGGUUAUUGGGGAUUUCUUUGGUUAUUAUGCAGUCAAUGCACUUGUAGUCAGGGAGACUUUGAAUAAUCGUCACAGAAUAAUUUCAGAACAUGAUAACGCGGUAAAAACCACAAUAAGUAGACGACGUUAUAUUGAACGUUUAAAGUCUUCGACAAAUAUUAAAUCUGAAAAAGUGGAUGAAGCAUUGGAAGAAUUAGAUGAAGCCAAAAAUUAUGAACAAACACUAGACGCACGUUCAAAGCGAGUAACGAGUAACCUUCAUUCAGAGUUGAAAAUUUAUGAAGAAAAUCGUUUUCAUGAUUUUAUUGGAGCGAUGAGAGAAUACGUUAAAAAACAAAUUACGUAUGAAAAGCAACAAUUAAAAGAAUGGGAAAAUCUUCGACCUGAUAUUAAUGCCAUUACAGAACGAAACGUUAAAGUACGUUUAUUAACCGACGAACAACUUACUCCACGUGCCAUUGCGGAGAAGCUUAGUAUAAUGGCUGGAUAA